CCAUAGUUGUUUACAAAGCUUCAAAAUGGCGUCUUGACGGGCACCUGCCAAAUCACUAUUUAGCUAAUGUGAGUUAAGGUGGCGAUACUGUAACCUUCUCAUUGAUUUACCGUUGUAUUAAAGCCAGUAUUGGUAUCGACAACGUAUUCAUACAGAUACAGAUUUAAGACAUAGAUGGGUGUAAAAUAGACAUAAGUCCUGCUGGUCAGGAACUUGGUAAAAUGGCAACAAAAGAAAAGAUCAAGAAAAAAGCACCACCUGCUCCUGAAGCAGUAGAAAGACCCAGUAGUGCACACAGUCAAAUCAGUGUUAAAUCUGCCGAAGUUACAAAUAUUACAGACAAUACACAGAAAGAAAAGUUCAUACAAGAUGAAACUGCCCAUGAAAAAGAAGCAGGAGGAAAUAAAAGUAACACAACACCAAACCCUUCUGCUAAAAAUAAUGAACCAGUUAAGAAGAAAAAGGCAGACACUGAUGAUAAAAAGAAAAAGAAAACAGAAGAUGGACCAGAAAAGAAAAAGAAAACUGAAGAUGAAAAGAAGAAAAAAGGAAAGAAAACAGCUGUUGAACCUUCACCUUCUGCUGGACCAACACCAUCUCAGUCUGCAACUUAUCCAAGGGACCCAACUGGCAGUGCUGUAUCACUGAGGUCUAAUGCUUCAACAGUUAAAGAGGCUUGGACAGACAACAGUGCAAGUGGAUCACAAGCAGACUUAAAUCCAGUAGUUACUAGUCCUUCUUCAAGUGUGAUAAGUGUUAGAGAAGCAGCAAGAGAAAACAGAAAAUAUAAUGCUAACAUGAAGGGUCCAGAGACUGCAUCACAGAAAACAGAGGAGGAGGAAAUAUCUGAUCAUGCUUACAUACCAUAUAAAUAUGCUCGUAAUUGUAUAGCCAAAAUAAUGGAGGACAUGAAAAAUAUGAAAGUAACUCAUGUCCGCAUUGUCAGUGAAAUACAAGGAGAAUAUAAACAAAUAGAAGAUGAAACUCAGUCCCAGUUUAAUACCUAUGUUUUCUUCCUGAGAGACCAGUACUCCAACAAAGUCAAAACAUUUAAACAGGUUAUAGAUGUACACAGAAUGGACCUGCAAAAUAAAGAACAAUACUGGAACGAAAUGUUACAGAGUUUGGCUGAGAGAAAUAACAAAUUACUUAAAGACAAGAAGGUUUUGUUGAUUCAGAACAAAGUAGAAAUAGAGAGACUAGAAAGAGAAAAGGUAGAAAUAACAACAGAGCUAACCCAAAAGUUAGAUACAGUUACAGCAUCAUUAGCAGUAGCCUCAGCUGCAGAGAGUAAAGCAUCUACAUAUGAGAAAGAAGUUCAGGAACUUAAGGAGGAAAGUGAGAAGAAAAACGAAGAGAUUAAGAAACUUAAAGAUCGUCCUGUAUCUGCUGGUGACCAUGGAGAUGAGGGAGAAAUCAAACAAUUGCAAAUGGCACUUGCCAUUAAAGAAGAAGAACUUAGGGUUGCUCUUGCUGGAGGUGCUGUUGUUAUGGCAACGAAGGAAGAGGAACCAAAAGUGCAGUCAAGUAAACCAAUCAUAGCUGCAGCUGUUGUUAGCACUGAAGAUAAAGAUAAAAUGUCAAAGGAAAGAGGUCAGAUUACUGAUGAGAGAGACAAAAUGAUGGAUGAAAGAAGAGAAAUAGACGAUGAAAGGAUAAGUUUUCAAGAUGACAGGAAGAAGUGGUUGGAUGAGAUCAACAGACUGACUAUUGAAUUAACAGCACAGAAUAAGAACACAGCAGAAUUAGAAGUCAAAAAUGACAGUUUGAAACAUCAGUUACAAGACAUGGCAACAUUACAGGCCAAGUACCAUGCUUUAGAGAGUCAAUAUGAGGCAUUGUCUGUGAUAGUGAAAGGCUCGGACUCUGCCAAGGAGGCUGCAGAGGAAAACAUCUCUAAAACAAAAUCAGAUAAAGAUAUGAUGGAACAGGAACAGAAAAAUAAAGAGGAAGAGAUUAAAAAAUGGGAAGAAAAGUUUAAAAAGAAACACAAGAGAGACCCAACAGAUGAAGAUAAGUCUGAUUCUGUGAAAGAAAUGUACAUCCAGAAGGAAGAAUUGGGUACCAUGGUAACCUCAUUAGACCAGAAACUAGUUACUUAUGAGAAGGUUCAGAAAGGAGAAGUUCCUGAUCCACCAGAGGUUGCUCCUGUUCCCAUGGUAAUCAUAGAACCUGAGGUUAAAACUGUUGAGGUAACAGUUCCUGAUCCUUUAAUCCUUGAAGAACUUCAGAAAGCUCAAGCAGAAAUUGCUAGACUUAGAGAUCAGAUUUCAGGUUUACAAGAAGAGAAUACAAACCAUGCAAACACAAUCAGUCAACAGAAUGAAGAACUCUCUAAUCUUAGAGAUAGAAUAAGUCAGUUGGAGGCAGAGGUUGCUGCUCUGAAGGCAGGUGCUGCCACAGUUGUAACAUCAGCUGUCAGUAAUGAGGAAGUUGAAAAGUUAACUCAAGAAAACAGAGAACUGAAGAAAGAUAUGAAGAAGAUGUUGAAAAGGAUGGAAAAACAAAAAGACACUGGAAAAACUCCAACUGGAGAUCCAGAUGAGCGAAUGCAGAACUUGGAAGGUAAAGUGUUAGACCUAGAAGACAAGGUUAUAGACCUGGAAUCAGAUAACAAAGGCUUGAUGGAUGAUAAAAAUAAACUAGCCAUGGAAAAGGAUGGUCUUUUGGAACAAAUAUCUGCUCUGACAGUGGCAGCAUCCUCUGGUACUACAACAGCCACACCUGUUAUGGCAGUAGCAGCGGUAGCAGGAUCCAAACAAGAUCAAGCUGAUGGAUGCAAUUUACCUGAGCAUGCAGACUUGAUAAUACAGUUGGAAAUAAAGAGUAAAGAACUAAUAGAAAAAGACAGAGAGAUAUCUGAGAAAGAUAGACAGAUUGAAGAAAAAGAUAAGUUAAUUGAAGAAAAAAUGAAGGAAAUUGAGAAGUUGAGAGGUCAGUGUAAAGAAAUGAGGUCUGACAUGAUGAAGAUGGCUAAGUCACAUCAGAAACUUCAGACCAAACUGAAAGAUUUAGACCAGUUAGAAAAGACCAAGAAACUUUUACAGGCCAUGUCGUUCUAUAUACAAGAAAUUCAUCGUGAACAACCUCCAGCUGGUGAAGCAGUCAAGAAUCGUCUGAGCACAGUAACACCUGGUGUGGUUGCCAUAAAAACAGCUGACGAAAAAAAUCAGAAAGCAUACGAUGCUUGGGCUGAAAAGUUCAAGAAAAAGAAUGGAAAAGAUCCUGGAUCCAAAGACAGGGAUGCAGAAGGAGAGAAACUUUUCCGUGCAUUGGAAGUCAGUAAGAAAGAACACGAAGACAUUCAGAUAAAGAUUGAGGCUCUGACAAUCAUGCAAACAGGAGACUACAAAGCUCCAAUCCAAAGGGAGAAGACCGUUAUUGAAGAGGAAACUCCAGUUAAACAGAUGGAACAACAAAUGUCAGAGUUAGACAACAAACUUGAGACUUUGGAAGGUGAAAAUGAUCAGCUGAAAUCAGAAAAGAGUGAUAUGGUGGCAAAAAUGAGAGAGCUAGAAGUACAGUUAGAGGAGGCCAGAAACAAAGCAGAACUACAAGCUACUCUUGCUACAGGAGAUAUGAAUACAGAGGAAUUAUCUAACCAGAUUACAUCCCUUCAGAAGGAAGUUUCUUUGUCAGAAGCAGCAUUACGUCAAGAAAAAAUGGCUCACAACAACACAAAAGAUGAGUUAGAAAAUCUACGCAAUCAAAUGUCUGUUGUGAAAGAAGAAGUUGAUAAUGAGAAAUCAGAACUACAGACUAAACUGGCUAAUGACAAGAAAUUACUGGAUGCAGAGCUUAAAGCCAAAGAUCAGGAAAUAUCAAAACUGACCUCAAGAAAUGAUGAGUUAGAAAAAGCUAGACUUGCUAAUGUUCCACUGGAUACUGCAAAAGAAAUCCAAAAUCUCCAAGCCAAACUGGCUCUCUUAGAGAAAGAUAAAAAUAAAUCAGGGACUGAGACUACAGCUCUUCAAGGACAGAUAUCAGAACUAAAGGUCAAACUAGAGAAUGCAAAUAAAAAUCUAGAAACACAACGAGCUACCGCUAGGGAAACUGAGGCUAAGGUGAAGAAUGCUAAAACAGAGAAGGAUAAAGCUGUGAGAGAGGCUACCUCACAAAUGGAAAAGAAAGAACAACAGAGAAUAAAUGAAGACAAGAAAAGGAUUUCUGCUCUUGAGAGAAAAAUAAAAGAAUUAGAAACAGUGAAACCUGUGGGUAAGGGAGUGGCAGUUACAGCAGUAGGUUCUGACACUGCAUCACAGAACAUGAAGGCACAAGUUGUAAACCUGAAAAGGGAAAACAAUGAGGCCAACACCAGGAUAAAACAUCUAGAGCUUGAACUGAAGAAAGGAGGAGGACGACCUGGAACUGCUGCUGGUGGUGAUGAUAAAAAUCUCCAGAAAAGGCAUGAGAAGAUCCUGAAAGAACUUGAGAAGAAAUUAGAAAUAGAAAAAAACAAAACAGAGAAAUUACAAGAGUCUUUAAAGGGAACUGAAGAGGAUUUGAAAGAUACAAAGAAGGAUAGAGAUAACAAAGCCAAUGAAUUGAGGAAGUUAGAAGCAGAGUUAGGUGCCCUUGGAGUAGCAGCAAAGGAAGGAGUAGAAGCUGCCAGUAAGGUCAAAGGUCUAGAAAAGGAAAACAAGGGAUUAAAUGAAGAAAAUAAAGUUCUGACAGAGAACUAUAAUACAGAAAGGGUUCUGAGGAAGAAAUAUUACAACAUGGUUGAAGACAUGAAAGGAAAGAUCAGAGUAUACUGUAGAGCUAGACCCUUGAGUAAUACAGAGUUAGGCAGAGGUAAUAGAUCUGUACUGAAAUCCCAGGAUGAGUACUCCAUUACCGUGGAGACACAGAGAGGUAUAAAAGACUUUCAGUUUGAUCAAAUUUUCAUGGAAGAUUCAACACAAGAGAAAAUAUUUGAAGACACUAAUAACCUUGUACAAUCUGCCGUUGAUGGUUACAAUGUCUGUAUAUUUGCCUAUGGUCAGACUGGUUCCGGAAAGACAUUUACUAUGAUUGGAGACAAGGACCAAAAAUUUCCAGGAAUUGCACCAAGAGCUUUCAACAGAAUCUUUGAUCUUAUAAAUGAAUUAAAAUCAAAAUCUGACAUCACCGUGACAGCCUACAUGAUGGAGUUGUAUAAUGACAGACUGAUAGAUCUUUUUGCUAAACCUGGACAUUCUAGUGAUGACAAGAUGGACAUCAAAGUAGACAAGAAAGGAUUGGUAUGGGUUAAAGGUGCUGUCAUCAAGGAGGCACAUAAUGCUAAGGAAUUGUUUGCCUUGUUUCAAGAAGGAAGUGUAAACAGACACACUGCAUCUACUAAAAUGAAUGAUGAAAGUUCUAGGUCCCAUUUGAUCAUCAGUCUAGUGUUGGAAACUACUAACAAAAUGACAGGACAGACAGCCAAAGGAAAGCUGAGUUUGGUUGAUUUGGCUGGUAGUGAAAGAGUAGGAAAGACUGGAGCAUCUGCAGACCAGCUUAAAGAAGCCAUGUCUAUUAACAAAUCUCUGUCAGCUCUUGGUGAUGUGAUCUCUGCAUUGAGUAGUGAGCAGCAGUUCAUCCCGUACAGAAACAACAAACUGACCAUGUUAAUGCAGGAUUCUCUUGGUGGCAACGCCAAAACUCUUAUGUUUGUCAACAUUUCACCUGCUGAUUAUAACCAGGAUGAAUCAGUUAUUUCCUUGACGUAUGCUUCUAGAGUUAAGCUUAUUACAAACCAGGCUUCCAAGAAUUCUGAUAAUAAAGAAAUUGCCAGACUCAAGUCUAUAAUUGCCAAGUUGAAGGCUGGAGAAGCUGUGGAUGAUGAAGAUGCAUAGUAAAAAAUUAUGACAAUAAUAUCAAAUAAUGUUAAUGCAAAAAAAAAACUUUCUUUAUUCUGUUUCAUUUACUGUCAGAGAACUCAAACACAUACUGUUAUGAUCUGGAUAUAUUUUAAAUGAAAUCCUAUUUUUAUUU